CCCGGCUCGGGGGCGCGGGGCGCGGGGCGCGGGGACAGGGGCUCGGGCGCUGCUCGGAUGCCGCCCUGCGACCGCCUGGCUCUGAUCCUCCAUGCUGCCGCGGUUGUGGAAUGCAAAAGCCAGGACAUGAUGGAAACAGGACCUGAAGAUCCUUUCAGGAUGCCGGAGGAAAGUUCCCCCAGACGGACCCCACAGAGCGUUCCGUACCAGAACUUGCCUCACCUGGUCAAUGCCGACGGGCAGUACCUCUUCUGCAGGUACUGGAAACCUCCAGGCACACCCAACCCCUAGGGAUAAGACGACUGCUAAGCCCUGGAGAGCCUUUGUGCAAAUGAGGAAAAGGAGUCCUCCCAGGCAGACCCAGCCCCUCAGGGCCCUCAUCUUUGUGUCCCAUGGAGCUGGGGAGCACUGCGGCCGCUAUGAUGAGCUGGCUCAGAUGCUGGUGGGGCUGGAGCUGCUGGUGUUUGCCCACGACCAUGUUGGCCAUGGACAGAGCGAAGGGGAAAGGAUGGUGGUGUCUGACUUCCACGUUUUCAUCAGGGACGUGUUACAGCACGUGGAUUUCAUGCAGAAAGACUACCCAGGGCUUCCUGUCUUCCUUCUGGGCCACUCCAUGGGAGGUGCCAUCGCCAUCCUCACAGCCGCGGAGAGGCCGAGCCACUUCUCUGGCAUGGUCCUGAUUUCACCUUUGGUUCUUGCCAAUCCUGAGUCUGCAACAACUUUCAAGGUCUUGGCUGCGAAGGUUCUCAACCUUGUCCUUCCAAACAUGUCCCUGGGCCCAAUCGACUCCAGCGUGCUCUCUCGGAAUAAGACGGAGGUGGACCUCUAUAAUUCGGACCCCCUCAUCUGCCGGGCAGGCCUGAAGGUGUGCUUUGGCAUCCAGCUGCUCAACGCUGUCACUAGAGUGGAGCGGGCCCUCCCCAAGCUGACCUUGCCCUUCCUGCUGCUCCAGGGCUCCGCCGACCGCCUUUGUGACAGCAAAGGGGCCUACUUGCUCAUGGAGUCCGCCAAGAGCCAGGACAAGACACUCAAGAUUUAUGAAGGUGCCUACCACGUCCUCCACAAAGAGCUUCCUGAAGUGACCAACUCCGUUUUCCGCGAAAUAAACAUGUGGGUCUCCCAAAGGAUAGGGGCGGCGGCGGGAACGGGGUCCCCACCCUGAGCACAGCGGCUGCGUGGCCGGCCCACGGUCGGGGAAGUGGGCAGAGGAGGCAGAGGUGGGCUUCUCACCUGUGGCUCGCCAGGGGGAGGGGGGAGGACAUCACAAAUUGGAGGAAUCCCUAGCACAAUGUACUUAAAAAAAAAAAAAAGAAGACAUCCUGUCUGCUCCUGGAUCUACGUUAAGGGGUAGACACUUUAUGCAAAAACAGAGCAGGGUCCCAGGCAGUGUCCCAGGGAGGGAAUGUGCUCAGACGUCCUUCAAGCCGAGCAAGCCUCUGCCCUGCCUUUCCUGGCCCCCACGAGGCUCCCAGCAAUUCCUGGUGUGCCUCAGACACCCGACUGCAAUAACUGGAGGAGCCUCCCUGAUGCCCUCCGCUCCGGCCCCCACUCCAGGACCUCCCCGCCUGGCCCCGCUCCGUGGCCUUUUGCCGUGGGACUAGGUGGCAGGUGGCAGCCCCCCUGGGCACACCCAUGUGCCCUCCGAUGCCCAGGAACUGCCUGGGACCCCCUCGGCCCGAGGAGCCACCCAUGACCCACAUCAGCUCCUCGUUGGCCUGGAGCUGGACUGCGGGACAGGAUGAGGCUUGGCCCAGAAGGAGUACAGGCAGGCAACCCCUCCAACCUGCCGGGCCGCCUGCCACUGCCCACCGAGUGCUUUACGUGUUCAGAGGCUGCCUUUCCUGGCGAGACUACUUUUACCCAACACUAUGAGAGGGCAGUUGUGUUGAAGGUGAAGUGUCUAAUAUAUAAUGUAUAUUCUAAAGCAGAGAUUAUUUGGGUGGGUGGGUGGGACCAACGGAGGCUUGAAGGCACUGCAGCCCGAUGCCCCCGCCCAGGACGGGGACGGGCCAGCCGCAGGGCCCUGUGUCAAGGCGCUAGGGUGCAGCCCCUGUAAGCAGGGCCCCGGGGCCCCCACAGUGGGCGGUGACAGGCCCGUCUUUGUCCUGGCCUGCCUGGGCCCAUGGCCACCCUGGAAGCCUCUGUGCUGGGGGCACAGCUACCUCUGGUGGCAAAAGAGGAGAGUCCCGGCCCAGUGGCCCAGCCCAGGGCUGCAGGCCCCAGAGACCACAGCAGAAUGGGCCGCGAGGCUGGCAGGGGCCAACCUUUGCCAGCAGAGGGCCCGGCAGCGCCUGACCUGCCAUUGUCAGGUGCCAACCCCAGCCUGCCCGCCCUUGGCACCAGCAAUAAAUGGGGCUCACAGCCCACUGUGGGAGGACUUCCACUUCCACACGGGACUGUUGUUACCUCACGAGGCUCCUUGGGGGCAGACAGGACCCCGGGUGGGGGUGGAACUGCUAAGGGGCACCUGCUCAGCCCACAGGGUGCAGUCGGGGGCCUCCAGGCUCCGGUGAGGCGGCCGCUCCCUUGCCAGGCCCUCUGUGACCUUGGAGGCUGGGAGUGGGGGCUUCACCGCACCCUGUUGUUCUGGGGCUUGCUCUGGGUCCCCAGAGACGGGAGGCCCUCUGGCUCUCCUUCCAGGGGCCCUCGCCACAGCACAGUAUAGCCCAGAGCUGGUCCUUCUCCGGUGGUCGGACCCUGGCCCCCAGUGGAAAGUCAUGCCGGCCUGGGGGCCGAGAUUUGUGCUCUCCUGGCCCUCUAGUGGGGGUCGGGGCCCACGGCCCCACAGGGAGAGGCCCUCAUGGCCCCAUCUGACUUCUCUGGCUCCUCCUUGGAGGAGAAAAAUGUAAAAAACACCCUGAGAGAGGAGGUCAGCCCCUGCCUGUUCAAACGGGCCUCCGUGUGAAUGUUUCUGCUCCUCAGCAGAGGGAAAGCAGAAAUGCCACCCAGAAAGGCCCCAGACCUCAAGACGCCCCUGAAGCCAGAUCUGGAAUUCUCGCCCAGGGCUGUGCUGGCCCGGACCCUGCAAUCGCCGUGCCUCCUGCCCCUGCCACCGCUCCAGAAGCACCUGCCGGCUCGGCCACUUCCCAAAUUAAAUAGCAGGCACGUGGUUUGACCAGGAAUCAUUCGGAUGCAUGAAUUUAUUUCUAUGAAAGCUCUGACAGAGACGAAUUCAGUCCCAUCUACAGGUCUGGUUAAGGGUCAAAAAAUUGCUGUGUUAAAAAGAACUAUUUGGAGGCAGGACUGUCUCCUAAUGCAGGAGGGGCGGAACGUUGCUGUGCCACCUGCUGAGUGGGAGCAGGAAGGUGUGGGGGCCAGACACCAGCUGUGUCCGGAGUCCCACGAGGGGCCACAGCGCGGCCGCGGGCCCGCCCGUCCCGGGGAGCCGUACAAGCCUCCAGCUGAGUUCAUGCUCCACGCUGACGCUCAGAGCUUCCAAGCUAUGCUUCACCACGACAAGGUCGUGGCCCGGCCUUCAGGCACCAGGAGAUGCGGCUGACCCGAGCCCUGCCCGGGGAACGGACCUGUGGGGAGGCAGACGCAGCCCCUUCCCCUGGAACUCGGAGGCCGUGCUGGUCCGUAGGGAAAUGAGGUUCACGCCCGAUGGUCUUCCUAGGCCUUGAUGCCACCUGCGGUGGGAAGGGGAGUACAGCUCCUCUCAGGGAGGGGGGCGGAUGGCCACGGGCACCCAGUGAGAGCCCCAAAGGAUGCCAGGAAAACCCACCAGCUCUGCUCUGCACCCGGGGCAAGGUCCCACACUACCUUUUCUUUCACCAAUCACUAACAUAAACCCUUUGGGGUCACCAUGAUUUUCUAAGCAGUUUGCCAGUUAUUGUCUCUGCAGCUCAGCCGCAUCCCUACAUAUGUACCAUUACGGGGACUCGUGAUGGGUUCAGAACUAUCAAAGGAACCAUGUAUGCCACAGCUAAUCCGAAUAAAACAGAUGUUUUCUGCA